AUGAAGAGAAAUGAAAGUGACAUUGAGAUGCGAUCCCACACAGGAACAGCGGACAGACACACGCGCGACAAACAAGAUGCUGCACCAACGCGAGACUUGGAACGACACGCAUUGACGCCUGUACCGGAAUAUGCAUCCGGCAUCAAAUUCUGGCUGGCUCUCGCAACCCUAUGCCUGGGAAUAUUCCUCGUCACGCUGGAUAGCACCAUUGUAGCAACAGCCAUCCCUUGCAUCACGGACGAGUUCCAUUCCCUCAAGUACUUCGGCUGUUACGGCAGUAUCUACCUGGUGGCUCUCUGUAUGUCGCAGCUAGUUUUUGGCAAGCCAACAGCGCGUUACUCGUUCCGCUGGAUCUACACUGAAGCCAUGUUCGUCUUCGUUGCCGGCUCCGCCAUUUGUGGCGCCGCACCCAACUCCCCAGCCCGAGCCAUCGCGGGCCUUGGCUCUUCCGGUCUUCUCAUCAUCGCCUACUCUCUUGUUCCUUCUCUCGCUUCGCCCGAAAAGCGCGCCCUCUCCCUCAGCCUGAUUUCGAUGGCUCUCCUCGAGUCCUUCACCCCCUUUUCAGACCUGAUAAAAACUCUUGACCUCAUCGGCCUAGCCGCGUUGUUGCCGUCCAUCGUCUGCCUUCUCUCGGCAUUGCAAUGGGGAGGCGUCAGCUACCCCUGGUCUGACGGCCGCAUCAUUGCAUUGCUGGCCGUCUUUGCCGUCCUUGGAGUUGCAUUUCUCGUCAUCCAGUUUUGGCAGAGGGAGAAGGCGCUACUGCCUUCGCGCAUCUUUGCCCAGCGGUCCAUCUCUUGUACAAAAGCCGUAGAUGCCAUCACCCUUAUUGGCGGCGGAGCACUCAUCUCCAAGUUUGGCCACGCUGACAUCUGGAUGGUCGUCGGAACCGUCUUUGGAUCUGUCAGCUCGGACCUCUUCACGGCAUUCACAACCGACACAAGCACGGGCAAAUGGAUCGGCUAUCAGAUCAACCGACUUAUUCUCCAAGACAUCCCAGUUGGCUCCAGCAUGGUCAUGUUGCACAAGUUAUGGGCAGACGUCGACGCCAGUACGGUCACAAAUAGCGGUAUUGCAGGGCUCAGUAGGGGCCUGUCAGGUGAUUCCUUGCAGGCCUUGCUGGGCGUCAUCAACAAAGCUCUGAUGGAUUCGUGGCAUCUUCCCAUAGUAUUGACUUGCAUGGCCUGA